GGGGAAGGAGAAGUGUAUAUAGCCCUGUUUCCAUCCAGGCCCAGGGUAGAUGCCAAGGACAGCAACGCUACAGCACUGUUCUGAGGCUACGGUCCCACUGCCACCAUCAUGAAGCUGCUUGCAAUGGUUGUACUGUUCGUCACUGUCUGCAGCCUGGAAGGGGCUUUGGUUCGGAGACAGGCAGAGGAGCCGGGUCUGCAGAGCCUGUUUAGCCAGUAUUUUCAGACCAUGACUGACUAUGGCAAGGACUUGAUGGAGAAGGCCAAGAGCACGGAGAUCCAGACCCAAGCCAAGGCUUACUUUGAAAAGACACAUGAGCAGCUGACACCCCUGGUCAAGAAAGCCGGGGCAGAUCUGAUGAGCUUCUUCAGCAACUUUAUGAACUUUGAGAAACCAGCUUCUGAAGCUAAGUGAAGUGUGGGACACCAGUCUUCCUACCCCAGCUCCCCACUGGCCUGCCCUAGAGCUCCCCACUCUACCUUCUGCCCGUGUUGUACAAUAAAUGCAGAAGGAAUCAAA